AUGCCAUUAAGCAGUCGCAAAGCUUCCAAGGAGAAUAGGAAGAAUGCAGCAGAGGUGGAACAGAAGCUGGCAGGCCUACGACAGCGCACUGCUUUUGGUGGGCUUACUGCUGAGUCGGAUGAGUCCGAAGAGGUUGAAGAGGAUGAAGAGGCAAAGGCACCCUCUGUGAAAUCGAUUUUGGCAGAGGUGCAUAGCGCGAUGCAUACUUUCAAGCAAUCUCGCGCAGUGCAGGAACAUGGCUGUGCAAUCAUCCGGAAUUUGGCUUGCUCUUCUGAGUGGUUUGAGUACAUAGAGAAGGUCGACGGCGUGGGCUUGCUUUUCAUGGCCUUGCAGAGAUUCAAGCUCUCUGCGUUGGUUCAGGAGCAAGGCUUGGGCGCGCUCAGCAAUCUCGCGAGCAAGGCUGCUCUUAGAGAGAGGCUGACGAAGGCCAAUGCAAUGGAUCUGGUGCAAACAGCACUCCUCGAACAUCCCGACAAAGCUCACACUUGCGCUCAGGCAUGUGCAGCACUGUGGAAUCUCGUGGCUGAUCACAAGGAGAAUCAGGAAGCUGUUCAUCGCCUUGACAUCACAAAGCUGGUGUGUGAGGCAAUGAACACGCACGUGGAGAGCGAUGAAGUCUUGGAAGGUGCCUUUGGCGCCUUGUGCAACAUCACCGCCUUCAAUCACGACAACAAGCAGGACAUUGUCGACGCCGGUGGGGCAGCGAGCAUCUGCCGCGGGAUGCAGGAGCACCUCACCAUCACAGGAGUUCAGCGGGCCGGCUGCGCGGCACUGUGGGGCCUCACUGCGCAUCAUGAGGCAGCACAAGUCGCUGCUGUAGAGGCCGACGCGCCUGCAAUUGUUUGCAAGGCCAUGCAGUCUGAACUCAUGGACCCUCGACUUCAAGAAAAUGGUUGUGGAGCCUUGCGGAAUUUGUGUGCCUACAGCGACGACUUUAAGGUUCAAACGGUCACGGCUGGUGGUGCGGCACGGGUUUCCAACGCUCUGGCGCGACAUGAGGACAUUCGAGUGCGCCGACAAGCAUGCAGUGCCUUGAUGAACAUGUCAUCGGUUAGCUCGGAGCGCAUCGAGGAAUGUCACGACGAGAUUCUGCAGGCGGAGGCUGUCAGUCGGCUGUGCAAUGCCAUUGAAGCUCACAAGAAGGAGAUCACAGUCGUGGAGCCAGCCUGUGCAGCCCUUCGGAAUCUGAUCGCUGGUGCGCAGGUCGGCGAGGAGCGAGGUCAGCGAUACAAGCAGAUCCUAGAUGAAGACCUCGUCAAGCAUCUCGUGCAGACAGUGUUCCUGAACUUGGAUCACAACCUUGUGCAGCACCAUUGCCUAGAGGCACUUCGCCACGUGUGUAGCUGGGAGUCCGGGGCCCGGCUGUUGGAGCGCUACCGGGGAGGCCAGGCCGUGAAGCGAAGCAUGGAACGCGACGAACAAAGGAAGGUUCAUGACCCAGUCAUCCGUGAGCGAGGCUGCCAAAUCUUAACGGGCCUUGCGAGGGGUACACCGACAGGGUCACGAUCCAUUUUGGAAGAUGACCACCCUCACGGGUUGAGGCGUAUCAAGCACGCCAUGGAGAGCUUCCGCAGUUUGAGGGACGUGCAGACAGCUGCCCUGCAGGCUCUGAUGGCACUGGCAAAAGGUUGGCCGAAAGAAGGAGCUGAGAAGAUCAAGGCUUCGGGAUGCUUCAAGGACAUCCUCGCCGCAAUGUCAAAUCACCCGAAGGAUUUUGCACUGCUUGCCAUUGCCUGUGACGUCAUUCACCAGCUCGCUCUGCACGGCAUCUUAAUCGAGGAAGCACGGCCGAUACUAGAAAUCUACAUCAGGAGGCUCAACGAGGAGGUGAACUUGCUCGUGCCUGCAAUGCACGCAUUGGCUGAGAUGAUCACCCACAUGGAGCCUACAGACAAUGACAAGGGCCUGGCCCACAACAUAUCAAACUCUCUGGUCGUGCACAAGCGGAACGCAAAGGUGCAGGCUGCUGGCCUCAGCAUACUGCGUGCUUGGGCUGCUGUCGGUGGUGCAGGCCUCCUCGCAGCCACCGAGGGCAACAGUGUUGAACGAGCACGCCUGGCCAUGAUCGAGCACAAGGAAGUUGAGGCUGUUCAGGGCAUGGCAUGUGACCUUCUGCGCCGAGUGGCAGCUUCCAGCACGCAAAUGCGUGAUCACAUCAUCGAAGCUGGUCUGUACCCCUUGAUAGUGACGGCCCAGGAGACAUGCCGGACAAGCCCGCAGGUCUGUCGGCACAGUCUUUGUGCAGCCGGCACGCUGUUGGGCUUUAUGGCCGGGCGCAGCCAAGGGCGGCAGGAGGAGCGCAUGAGGAUGAUGAUGCAGAGUGCUGCCAAGGCCAAGGCAGCUGCUGGAGCUCCGCAGCGCGGCGGGGCCAUAGCAUUCGCGAAGCUGGUGAAAGAGACGGACUUUUCCCAGUUUGCCACCCAUGUGCAGGAGCUGCUCCUCUUGCACAAGUCGAGCUCUCUCUUUGUACAAGACGCCUGCCACGUGCUGCAAAGUCUUGCUGAGUCAUCUGAUGAUGGCUGUAAGGUUGUGCAGUCGGUCGGGGUGCUGCCAACCAUCCUGGCGGUCCUCAAGCAGCACAAGCGCAGCGAAGGUGCAAAUUUCUAUGCGCUGAGGGUCAUUUGGAGUGUUCUGACGAAUCCCACCUUGAUCCGCCAUGCCAUUGAGGCGGGCCUGGUCGAGCUGGUUUUGUCGUGUCUUACCCGCUUUCAGGGCUGUACAGCGGUGAAGAAUGCUGCUCUUCUGCUGGUGAGCCGCACAUCCCUCCGCAAUCAGGAGGCCAAAGCUAUGUACAUAGAAGCGAACAUCAUUCCGCACAUGCAGCGGCUGCUGCAAGAGGAUGAUGAGUUCCUCCAAAGUCGAUGUCUGGGUGCGCUUGCAAAUUUGGCAAGCAACAACACUCAAGCUGUGGAAAGGAUGUCCAACAUGGAGGACAUUGUGAUCAACAUGCUACGCCAGAAGGACACCGAUCUGGUGCAAUGUCGAUGCCUGCAGCUUCUCUGGGCCUUUCUUCGCACUGCCAGAAGCAAGAGGCAAAAACCACCGCUGCUCUGCAGCCCGGAGUUCCUGGAUGUAGUUCUCGAUGCCGUGAAGCGCCAUCCCAAGAGCGAGAACUUGCAGGUGCAGGGCAUGGGCCUCCUGUGGAAUUAUGCUGCUCUUGGACAAGAGCAGAAAACAUGGAUCCUGGACCGGAAGGGUCUCGUGCUUGUCGCGGCUGCGCUGGAGACGCAUCGUGACAGUAUGGCCGUGCAGCAGCAUGGGUUGGAGCUGCUGCGAAGCCUUGCCUGUCAGGGGCCCGAGGCUCGGAGACAGAUUCAGGCAGCGAGGGCCCUGGACUUUGCAAAGACAGCGCUUGCGAUGCGACGGGAUCCCCGGGUUCUUUGUGCCGCUACGGGUGUCUUGGGCAAUUUGGCCUGUGGAGAUGUGGCUUUGAAGCGCCAGCUCUUUGAUCUUGACGUACCGAAGGAGGUUUUGACAGGUAUGGAAGAUCAUGGACGGGACAUUGGAAUGCAAGUGGUGGGCGCCUGGGCCUUGGGAAACUUUGUCGGAAUCAGCCGCAAGAGGGCUCGGCAGCUGUACGAACUUGGAGGGAAAGACCGUGUGUUUUUGGCAAUGUCUGAGUUUCCACUGAAUACCAGCAUGAAGCUGUAUGGAACAGCGGUGAUUCGCAGACUGGAGCUCGUGCAGGAUCUGACCAUCAGUGGUGAUAAGAUGGAGGAGGACGACGAGGAGGAUGCAAACGAGGAGGAUGAGAUUGUGGAGGGUAAGAGCUUUGCAGAAUUGGACAAAGAGGCCGAGGUAGAAGCUUCGGCGGGCUCUGAGAGUGAGUACUCGUCUGAGGAUGCAGAGCUGCAGGCAAAAAUUCAGGCCUUAGCCAAGCAGACAGGGGGAAGGGAAGGCGAGGACCGCGGUCCACGAAGCGGCGUAAAGCUUGGGACCGAUGAUGGAGACUGA